AUGCCCCACCUGCGCCACGGGAUUACGCCACUCGACCAAACCUUAGACUGCCGGUACAAGCAUGCUACCACGCUAUCAGAGUCGGAGAGAUCUAGAUUGGCGAAUCUAUUAGGUGAGUAUUCUGACGUUUUUGAUGUUGUCGGUGAACCGACACCAUUCGCCGAACACCAUAUAGAUAAUACCGGCAACCACCCGCCGAUUGCUGCGCCCCCGUAUCGGGUCACGCCUGCGAAGAAGGAAAUCAUGCGCGCCAAGUUAGACAAGACGCUGGCUGAUGGUGUGAUUGAGGAGUGCGAAUCCGCCUGGGCCGCGCCAUGUGUCCUGGUACCGAAGGCUAACGGCACCUAUAGGUUUUGUGUAGACUAUCGCAAACUGAAUACGGCAACCAAGACGGACUCUUGUUCAGCCAGACUACUCGAAGCCAUUCAUCCUUAG